AUUUCAAAGACUUAUGUUGACUACUUAAAGCUCCUGAGGUUACAGAAGAAGUGUGCUUAUGGAUCUGAGCAUCACGCAUGAUGAGCAUCUACCCUUCCCGGGUGAGACAACUACUGCUCACCACACCUCUGCACCUCCUGCCCUGCCCUCCCACAGCCCGAUCUUAAAGCAAGGGCUUGCGGCAGGUUUUAAGAGGGUUUGUCGGACAGACGAGGAUAGCCCGAGCCCAUUUCCGGGGUUGCUUCCAGGCAUCUUGGAGAUGAGAGUAAAAGAAGGCAGCAAGAUCCGUAACCUGAUGGGCUUUGCAAUGGCGAGGAUGCAGUGCGAAGAAGGAGGCAGCAAACAGGUCGGGCUGAGGCAGGUGGUGUUCACCGGUUCGGGCCGAGCAGUCACCAAAACCAUCACCUGCGUCGAGAUAAUGAAGAGGAAAGUGGGUGGACUCCACCAGCUGACCAAGCUAUGCUACAAAGGUGUUCGGGAGGUGUGGGAGAGUCAGGAAGGAGGCAGUGCUAAAAUGACCGUUCACAGGACUGUACCCUCUAUCAGUAUCCUUCUCUCUAAGGACCCAUUGAACCCUCUCGAGCCAGGAUAUCAGCCUCCUGAGAUGCAGAGCGCUCUCUGGGAGGAAAGACAAGAUAGUGAUGCAGUGUGUGUUGAUGCAGGAAAAAGGCAGUUUGACUACACUGUCACACAGAGUGAGACACAGCCAAAACGAUUCUGUCAUCAAGGUGGAAUCUCCAUCAAUUAAGUAUUCUGACUAGUGGUAGGAUUAGCCAGAUGAUUACUUGCUGAAAUUAUAAACCUAUUGCAAAGGAAAUUUGAAGGUAGUUUCUUUGCACAUUUUAUAAGACUAUCACAGAUUGUGAUUUUAGCUGAUUGACAUGCUACAGUAUGUAUCAAGCCUUGACCUGGACUGGAUCAAUUUAUCUUAUUAUUUCUGUUACAGCAUAUAUCCACUUGGAAAUCACUUUAUCAUGCUUGGACUUCUUCCUGCUCAAUGUUGGUUGGCUUUAUCCUUAAUGUUUCCAUGGAUUUCACUAGUGUUAAAAAAUAAUUUCUUUUGUAAUUAACAUCUGAAUAUCCUUUUCUAAGUGGCACAAACUCUUCUGCAUUAAAGUGCACAGUUGACUUUACACUAGGAUCAAAUAAAUCAAAUGAAAUAACACUAAUUUAUAAUGUAAUAGGAAAGCUCUCAUUAUUAUAACAAUGAAAAUGCACAAACAUUCCCACAAACAUAACAUGGAUACUAUGUUAAAUGGAAAAUUAAAUAAUUUAAAGAGAAAAAUUUUUGUGAAGAAAAUGAAUUAUAAAGAAACGCAAAAAAUAUGUGCACAAGAUUAAGUUUCAUUGUUCAUAUUUUAGAGAAUAUAUCAAAUGUAAUGUUUGUUGUUGUUGUCUUUGUUGUUUUUGUUGUGGGACGGGGCAAAGUAUUACAAUUAUGCAUAAAUUUGAUGACUCUGUG